AGACUGAAUGAAGACUCCGCAUUCCCAACCAUAUCUUGUCCGUGAGCGGGGUUUUUGUUUACAGCAAAUGGGCUAGAUUUGUAACAGUUGGAUGAAUUAAUUAAAGAUAAGUGGAUUACCAACGCGGGGGACUGUUAAAGUCUCGAACAACAGACAACAAAGGACAACAAUACAACUAACCAGGGCUCUCCAGACUGAGUGGAGCCAGCAACUUCUGCGAGACAGACGUCUUGAGCCGCAGCACUACCAAUAAGGGUGUUGGAUCUACGUACUUGCUGAAGAAUUCAGCCUAGAGGGGAGCUGAGAGUUUUUGAGAAAUGAUCGCUUCCUUAUAAGACGUGUGUCAAACUUGUACUGGCGAGACCUGUUGCUGUGUACUGAUCUGAGCUCCUGCAGUCUGAACCUCACCCUCCCUCCCAUCACUGGUGGUGACCCUCUUGUGGACAGCUUGUUGGAGGGCCCUUCCUGAGCAGCAGCAGCUGCGUCCUGCUUGCUGACUCUCAUUCCUCCCCUGUUUCCUGUCCUUGGUAAGACAAGGCCAAACCCUCCUGUCCCCUCACCCCUCCCUUUAUUUCUGUCAGCCUCUUAUUCUCAAACACUCAGUCAUACUUUUGAGUGACUCGUUUUGCUAACUACAAGUUCAGACUUUUUUUUUUUUUUUUUUGGGGUAGCAUCACUCUUCUGAGAUCAGCAACAGUUUUUUGGGUUUUUUUUUCCCGACAAUCUGGACUAACAGUUUACCCACACAACAGAUUGCAGCAUGACAUCCAUGUCCAGUCUCUUCUCCUUCACAAGCCCGGCAGUCAAACGCCUGCUCGGCUGGAAGCAAGGGGACGAGGAGGAGAAAUGGGCAGAAAAGGCAGUGGAUGCACUUGUGAAAAAGCUGAAAAAGAAGAAGGGUGCCAUGGAGGACCUGGAGAAAGCUCUGAGCUGUCCCGGGCAGCCCAGCAAGUGCGUAACCAUUCCAAGAUCUCUGGACGGUCGACUGCAGGUCUCCCAUAGGAAAGGCCUUCCUCACGUCAUCUACUGCAGAGUGUGGCGCUGGCCGGACCUUCAGUCCCAUCAUGAGCUCAAGCCAUUGGAAGUGUGCGAAUAUCCAUUUGGCUCCAAACAGAAGGAGGUCUGCAUCAAUCCAUAUCACUACAAGCGUGUGGAAAGUCCUGUGCUGCCUCCUGUCCUGGUACCACGACACAGCGAAUUCAACCCACAGCACAGCCUGCUUGUACAGUUUCGCAAUCUCACCCAUAACGAGCCACACAUGCCCCUGAACGCCACCUUUCCAGAGUCCUUCCAACAACCACAUAGUGGGGGAGGCAACAGCAGCGGAGGGGGUGGCUCUUUUCCCAUUUCUCCAGACUCUCCGUAUCCCCCUUCUCCAGCGAGCAGUGGUACUUAUCCAAACUCUCCUGCCAGCUCGGGGCCUUCCAGUCCAUUCCAGCUCCCAGCUGACACCCCACCCCCAGCCUACAUGCCCCCUGAGCAGAUGGGCCAGGAGAGCCAGUCCAUGGAAACAAACAGCAGCCUGGCCAGAGAUGUGCAGCCAGUGGAGUAUGAGGAGCCGAGCCACUGGUGCUCUAUUGUCUACUAUGAACUUAACAAUCGUGUAGGAGAGGCGUACCAUGCCUCGUCAACCAGCGUGCUCGUGGAUGGCUUCACUGAUCCUUCAAACAACAAAAACCGCUUCUGCCUUGGACUGCUGUCCAACGUCAACCGCAACUCCACCAUCGAGAACACCCGACGACAUAUCGGAAAAGGAGUUCAUCUGUACUAUGUGGGAGGGGAGGUGUAUGCAGAGUGCCUCAGUGACACCAGCAUUUUUGUCCAGAGUCGUAACUGUAACUACCACCACGGCUUUCAUCCUACCACUGUGUGCAAGAUCCCAAGUGGAUGUAGCCUUAAGAUUUUCAACAACCAGGAAUUUGCUCAGCUUCUGGCCCAGUCAGUUAACCAUGGAUUUGAGGCCGUCUACGAGCUCACAAAGAUGUGCACCAUUAGGAUGAGCUUCGUCAAGGGCUGGGGAGCAGAAUAUCACCGACAGGAUGUCACUAGCACCCCCUGCUGGAUUGAAGUGCACCUGCACGGGCCCCUGCAGUGGCUGGACAAAGUUCUGACACAGAUGGGUUCCCCUCUCAACCCCAUCUCAUCUGUGUCUUAAAAUAAAAGCUUGGAACAUGCUUUUAUAAUUUCUUUUUUUAUUUUUUUCCUUUUUUUUUUUUUUAACUUUGUCCCUCUUCAAUGAUAUAUAAUUUAAAGCUGUCUUAAUGGCUGAAUCGCUGGACUGUUUACAUUUACUUUGGGAAGGGAUAUUGAUGUUUGGCUGGAGAUUCAACAACAGUUGCACCCUGUUGCAACAAAGUGCCCGGAGGAAGAGAGGGAUGAGGAAAGCCCAAGUAGCAGUAACAACAUGGACACACUACUGGUUGACAAUGUUACACUAUCUGUAAGAAUUUAGGCCUUCGUUGCCAAGUCUCAACUUGUCAAGUGUUAAUUUUUUGCAUUUAAGUUUUAUUGUUUUGACAAAUGAUUUUAUUUCUCUGUGUAGUUUAUAAUUGAACAGAACUGUGUCACUACUCUGCCCUGUCUGAAACUUACGAAACACUUUUCUUAGAUCGUUGUCUCCGUCAGUUAUUUCAUUUAAGAUAUAGACACAGUUAUGUUUACCAUUUGACUCAAAUAUAACAAGUGCUUUUGGUUUUAUAGUUUCUAUUGCUCGGAAUGAACACUGAGCUACUGCCUUUUAAGAAAGAUGUAUGCCAACAUGAAUUUUUGAUAUGGGAGAUCACUGAACAAGUUUAACAUGCCAUAAGCUAACAUUGUGAAUUUUACAUCUAUUGCAAUAGAAGUAGUCAUGUAAUCAGAAGAUGGACACCGUGAUUGAUUUCUUGUUUUUCCUUUUGGAGUUCAAGUAAGAGUGGCUGUAUUUUCCAAACUCACUGUAUUAACAAUAUUGUGCACUCAUGGAUUUUAUCAAGGCAUAUUAAAUUUUGGCUUGGGUACCAAGGCAUUAUGUUGAUAAUUAACUUCCUUAGCUCAAUGAAAUAAACAGGUUAUUUGGUAAGAA